AUGGCAGACCGGGAGCAGGAGCUGUUUGAGCUUGUGGAUGAGGCGGGGAACACGCUCGGAACGGAGCUGAGGAGCGUGGUGCACCGAAAAGGUGCGAGCCUGCUGCACCGCGCGGUUUAUGUCUGGGUUUUCCGCCCCGACGGUGCGCUGCUCAUACAACGGCGCAGCCCGCUGAAGCAGAUUGGGCCCGGCCAGCUGGACUUGUCGGUGGCGGAGCACCUCCAGCCGGGGGAGAACUAUGUGCAGGGUGCUGUGCGGGGGCUGGCAGAGGAGCUGGGCAUU